CAUUGGAACACUCAGGGUGGAAAAAGAACCAGGUAGGAAUAGAUAGAAGUCGCCGUGAUGACCAACUUGGUACUACAGGAGUCGAUAACAGCGCUCUUCGAUGAGUGCUGGGGGAAAGUGGCGAAACCACAGGUUGGUGGAGCCGACUCAUAUGUGUACGUAGCGCAAGUGGCCCAGUUGUUGAGCGACUUUGCUCAGCGUCUCCCACAGAAGUCCACGGCCUUGUUAAACUUGGAGGAGGUUUCUAUACUCUCACAGAUGAGUGAAAAUAACCCGACGCUCCGUGUGUACCAUCGAGAGUUUGAGAAUUUUGUUUUAAGACUCGUGCGACUGACAUCAAUGGUGGAGUUUAUCUCCGAACGUACGCGGUUGAGUCCCUUUGAACUUGUACGGGCUUUACAGGUGGCAAGGUCCAGUGACGGGCCGGAAAUUGGUAAUGGAGCUAGAGGAAGGAUAUUAAAGACUGGCGAUCCAAUUUUCAGACCGAAAAGGGAAGCUCGGUCACCACUGCCGUACCGAAGAGAAUACCCAACAUUCAAACAAGAACGACCAAUUACUAGCGGAGUGGACGGCAGUGACGAAUACAGACAAAGUAUACGACAUCUUGAGCUGAGAGUAAAAGCCUUGCUGACUUAUGCAGACACUCUAGAGAGGCAACAGACUGAAAUGGGACGAACACGAGCAGGGUCAGCGCCAUCAUCCUCGCAAAUGGUACGGGAACUUCUUCGAGAAAUUUCCGAAAAGGAGAAAACUAUUCAACGUCUAGAGACCCAAGGGUAUUCCCUGAAUAACGUGGGUAGCUCUUUCAAUGAGAAACUUCUUUUUAGAAUGAAGGAGGCAUUACAAAAGCAAGACACUCUUGUGACAAGUCUCAAGACAAAGUUGGAACUUGACCAGAAAGCUACAGAUGCCAGUAACGCAAAAAUGAGGUCAUUCCUCCAGAGAUUGCCCUUUAUAAGACAGUACUACGUGUAUUAUAAGCACCAAAAAGGGCAAAAUGUCAAGUCAAUUAUUGUGAACGUUUUCACGUUGUUGUUGGCAACCAUUAUCUUUACCAAUGUCUUGCGCGUAGUGUUUUACUUUGCGGUCUAUUUAGCCAGUAAUAGCACUCCGUCAAUGACAUACAUACUAGAGGACGUUGAUGAAGUUCUGGACAGGGCUCUGUUUGAAUGGUGGCGUGAGAUUGAAUGGCUAGAGUAUUUGAUAUACAUGGUUAAUGAAUGGACUGGAUGAAUGGACUGGCCAGGAAAUUUCUAUCAUCGUAUUAGGCAAAUCAACAGAGAUUGUUAUUGGGAGAUGCUUAUCUAUAUUAAGAGGAAUUAUCAAUUACUCGGUAGAGAAACGAUAGUAUUGUCAUCAACGUUUACAGUGCUAAAGUCGCUCCGGUAACCUCUACUCGAGAAGAUCCCUCAGCUACUAACUCAACAAGUACAAUUAGAGCUGGUAAGUAUAUGGCUGAUAUCAGGGGAGGGGGGCAUCACUAAUUAAUGUUGGGGCUGAGGUGCUAUUAUAAAGAUGUUGAAUCUGAGUACUGAUUCGAUAUUCUUUUUUUAAAUAAUAUGGAUUGACUCCAUGGAUCCAACACAGCUCGGGGUGCAAUCUACUACGUUACUCACUUUGCGUAUAUCUUCCAUAGUAGCAUCCUUUUUGUAUGUACCCAACUUAACUCUCAAUAGACUUCUUUAUCCGUGCCCGAACUUUGUUGCCAUACAGAUUUUCUGAUAAAAUCAACAUUCAAGACAUCAAGGUCAUUCAAUGUAUUCUCGGAGUAGCCUCCCAACAAAAACAAUUGAAAACCACUCAGCAUAUAGUUCAUAUAGUUCACAUUUCAAACAAAUCUUUGGACGCUUGUUGAAUACUGGACCAUAUUUCUGAGUCAAAAUACUUGAAAGUAAAGUAAAGUUUUGAUAAGAACAAUAUUCUCUCUCUUUCAUGGGGGACGAAAAAUGCAACAGAUGUAAAGCGCAUCACUUGCAGUGGUGGGACUCAUAUCCAGAUGCUAAUAUGAGAACUAUACAACUUUACAUCAGAGCUUAGUCUUCCACAAUCACCAUUACAGGUAAACUCAAGAUGAAGAUGAGAUGGGAAUUGAAAGAAAGGAAAUUACACGAAGAUAUACCAUUUCAGGGAUGUCUAAAUACUAAGAUUUUGUCACAAUUUGAAAGAAUAGAUCAUUAUGAUCUUCUCCGUUUGAUAUUGACUCUGUACGAAAAGUCAAUAUAUUUUAUGAAGCCCCUGUCGGUGAUGUAUUUGCUACAGCCAGCCUUCUAGCGAAAGUUUGUGAACACCCGUGGAGUCAUUCCACGAACCAUCAAAUAAGUUGUUAAAGUAGCCACUGGCACGGAGAAGAAGUUUGUGGAGCUUAUAAGACUUCCCAAAGGCGGAUACUUCAAUAUCCGAGUGCAACCCAUCUUUCAAUCUUACCGAGAGAGCUUCAGUAAUACUUUCAUUGAUU